AUGUCUUCCGGUGCAGCUGCGAGUAUUCGUAGCAGAAGUGGUGGCGACGGGAGUCGCGAGGGAGGCACUGGUGGAAGGCCAUCUGGUGGAGAUUCUCCAGGCGGUCCCUCUCCGUCAGGUAGUCCCCCUCCUUCAGGUACUAGCGCUCGUGAUGAAAGGAGCUCUAGCCGCGGGGUUGGUAGACCGGCGGAUGCCAGUCACAAUUCCGCGGAUCAGGUGCCGAGAAUUGACAAGAUUAUCACAACGAUCGGAGUCAAGAGGCCAUCUUAUGGAAAGGCCGGCCGCUCUCUAAAAGUCUGGACUAAUCAUUUCCAGAUGAAGAUUCCCGGGACGAACAUAUAUCACUAUGAUGAAAUCAUCUCGCCAACUGGGAAGACUUUGCCUAUCAGGUUGAAUAUGGAGAUAUUCAAGAGACUCCAGUUCGAUGUUGCUCCGGAUGUAUUUACCCCUCGCGCAGUGUAUGACGGCCGCAAGAAUGUCUUUGCCGCGCGCGAGCUGCCUUUCCCAUCAGGUUCCCAAGAGGUAUCGAACUUUUUCACCCUAACGGAUACAACAUCUUCAGGUGAGACCGCCGAAGAUGGCGAGAGAAGGCGUGGUGGAAAGAUCUACAAGGUCAGACUGAAACUUGUCGCUACGAUCAACCCUGAGGUGCUUUCCCGUUUCUUACAGGGCACGCAAUCACAUGACAAUGCCGUCCCCACUGCCAUCACAGCAUUGAAUGUGGUGAUUCGCAUGGAGCCCGUCAUGCACUACCCGUUCAACGUACGGUCCUUCUUCACCAAUCGAGAGACCGCUGACAUUGGCGCUGGCAUGGUCCUGUGGCGCGGAUACUUCCAAUCCGUGCGACCAGCAAUUGGCCGAAUGCUCAUUAAUGUGGACAUAUCCACCGCGGUCAUGUAUAUGCCAGGACCUAUCAUUGAUGUCGCCCUGGGAUUCCUCAAGAAAAGAGGGCCACACGCCCUCUCUCUGAGACGCGGUCUUCCUGACCGCGAGCUUAUCAGGUUGCAGCGGCACCUUUCGGGAGUCCGCAUCAAUAUAGAGAUUCCCGGACAAUCAUCCGCCGCUCGACGCCCGGCUCGCCCCAUCAAGAAGCUCACUAGGGCCGGCGCAGACGAGCUCUCGUUCACUAUGCGCGACGGUCAAACUGUGACAGUCGCUCAGUACUUUGAAAUGACUCAUAACUACAAGCUACGCUGGCCAGAUAUAGUGUGUAUCGAGCUCGCUUCGGGGGCAAUUAUUCCUAUGGAAUGUUGCACUCUUCCAGAGGGACAGAUUAUGCGCAAGCAAGUUCCUCCGGACAUGAUGAAGGACGUCCUCAAAUUCGCGACGAAAAGGCCGCCCCAGCGCUUGCAGAGUAUUCGCGAGGCCCCUGAUGUUCUCAACUACGGACAGUCUGAAUAUCUCAAGCACUUCGGCAUGGAAGUCAGCUCGAACGCUGCCGUUGAGUCCAGUGCACGCGUCCUUGACCCGCCGACCCUCAAGUACGGUCAAGGAAGCCGUCAGCCUACUAUUACGCCUCGCGAUGGCGCCUGGAACAUGGUAGACAAGAAGUUCUAUCGACCGGCUACUAUCAAGAGAUGGGUCGUCGUGGUCUACGAGCGGGAGCAGCAAUUCAACAUGGGCACUGCUCGAGCGAUGGUCCGGAAUCUUCUGGACGCAUUGGUAGCCGCCGGCAUGGUGGUCAACGACAACGAUCCUGUCAUCUUUUACGAUCGGCCGCAAAGGAUUUACGAUACGGCUGGGAAGAGAUGUAUCGAAAAGCACGGCGGCGGUGCUGGACCUAAUCUAAUGGUCAUCGUCCUUCCCGAGUCGUCAGCUGACUAUUAUCAAGCUAUCAAACACUUUGGCGAUAUCCAGCGGGGUGUUGCGACACAAUGCCUGAAGAGUUACAAGUGCAAGGGGGCGAACAAACAGUACUUCUCCAAUGUAGUCCUGAAGAUUAAUGUAAAGUUAGGCGGUAUCAACGUCAUCCCCGACGCACGUUCUGUGCCGGCCCUCACUGACCCGAAGAAUCCCACGAUCGUGAUGGGCGCGGACAUCAUGCACCCUGCUCCUGGAGCUCACGGCCGCCCCUCCUUCACUGCUCUGGUGGGUAACCUCGACCACGAGACGGCCAAGUACGUUGCGGACUGCCGCGUACAGACUUCGCGCCAGGAGAUGAUUGACGACCUCGAGUCCAUGGCAACUGCGCACAUUGCAAUGUACAAAAAGUACCGUACUGGCGUUGAGAAGAAGUUUCCCGCCGAUCCCAAGCGCCUGAUCUUCUACCGCGACGGGGUAUCCGAAGGAGAAUUUAAGACAGUCCUGGACUAUGAGCUACCUCAAUUGAAGAGAGCUCUCGCGAACAACAAUGUAGAAGCCAAAAUCACCCUGCUCGUCGUGAGCAAGGGUCAUCACGUUCGCUUCUUCCCUCAGAAGCGAGAGGACGCGGACAGGAGCGAGAACUGCCCAGCGGGAACCGUGGUUGACAACGAUAUCACGCACCCCACGGAAUUCGACUUCUAUCUUCAGAGUCACGCUGGGCUGCUGGGAACGUCUCGUCCAACGCACUACAAUGUGCUCUACGACGAGAACGGGUUCACGACCGAUGACCUCCAGUCACUGACAUUCGCAUUAUGUCACGUCUAUGCACGUUCUACGCGUUCUGUCUCGGUUCCCGCCCCGGUGUACUAUGCGGACAUCGUGUGCUCAAGGGCCAAGAAUCAUUACAGCCCUGAGGGUGACUUCGACCUGACCGAGUCCGGCACACACCUAGAGUUGAGCGACGCUGGUCGUCAACUCGAGGCUUACCGGGCGAACUUCAAACCUCUGCACGAUCAAUCCAAGAAGUUGAUGUACUUCACCUAG